AUGGGUCUCGCCUACAACACGUACCUUGAUAGCGUCAAGGUUUACGGUUGCAAGAACUGCAAAGCACAUCUUGCUAAUCACGAAGAGAUAAUAUCGCGGAACUUUCGCGGGCAGCACGGCAAGGCCUACCUCUUCAACAGCGUGGUCAAUAUCGAACAGGGUGAGCCCUCGGAGCGUUCUAUGACGACCGGCCGGCACAUCGUGCGCGACAUCGCGUGCAAGCAGUGCAAGGACACUGUUGGAUGGAAGUACGACAAGGCCUACGAGAGCUCCGAGAAGUACAAGGAGGGCAAGUAUAUCCUAGAGGCUGAACUGUUGUGCUUAGUCAGCUAG